CAGUCAUCGGUCUCCGGUUCUUUACUUUCUUUUCUCCUCUCUCUCUAAAAUCCUUUUACUCCCCCACCGGAACCCUAGCAAACGACAAAAUUAUCCGGUUUGAUUUAGCGGGUUCUCUCUUCUCUUCAGGGUCGGAGGUAAAUCUCCUUCGUUUACUUCAAAUAGCAUGAAAGUUCUCUUCUUUUUGGUAGAUACAACUCUGUUUUAAGUUAAUUGCUUCCGUUUCUUUCUUGCAUUCUCGGCAAUAUCUUCUUCUUGAUCCGAUUCUGAUGUCAAUCUUGCUAAUUUUAGCUGAAAAUUUUGUGGGUUUGGGCUGGGUUUGGUACGAUUUAUCUUGGAUCUUGGGUUAAUUUUGGUUAACCAUCAUUGACUUCGUUUCCAUUGUUUGAAGUCAUAGAGAAUUCUGGGAAAUUGUUGGUUUCAAGCUCAUGGGGAACUCGAUUGAUAAUUAUUCUCUUGUUUCCUUUCUUGUUCUUGUUUCCUUGUCCUCUGUAGUUCAUAUUAUUAGAGCUGGUGGUUAUGUACCAACUGAGAAAUUCCUACUGAAUUGUGGGGAUACUUCUUUAGCCACUGCUGAAGAUGGCCGGAAAUGGGCACCUGAUGUAGGGUCCAAGCUUUUUGGGGCUGGAAACUCAGUGGUUUCCAAAGCUGCCAUGCAGGACCCUGCAGUUCCUUCAGUCCCUUACAUGUCUUCUAGGAUUUUCCGGUCCAACUUCACUUACAGUUUCCCAGUGGUAGCUGGUCGGAAGCUUAUUAGGUUGUAUUUUUAUUCCAGUUCCUAUGAUGGGCUUCAUGCUGCAAAUGCUUUGUUUUCUGUCACUGCCGGAUCAUAUACACUUCUUCGGAAUUUCAAUGUGUCUCAAACAUCUGAAGCUUUGAGUUAUGCAUUUCUCAUUAAGGAGUAUUCUGUCAAUGUUGAUGGAGAGAUGCUGAACAUUACGUUUAGUCCAUCUUCUAUGGCCUCAAAUACUUAUGCCUUUGUGAAUGGGAUUGAAGUUAUGUCUAUGCCUGAUAUUUAUAGUAAUACUGGUGGGAGAUUGAUGAUUGUGGGUUAUACUACUCCGUUCACCAUUGAUAAUAGUACUGCACUUGAGACUGUUUAUCGACUGAAUGUGGGUGGAAAUGAUAUCUCUCCUUCUGAGGAUGAUACGGGUCUCUUCAGGUCAUGGUCUGAGGAUCUGCCUUACAUUCUGGGGGCAGGGGUUGGAGUUACAGUUGCUGCUGAUCCAAACAUGACAUUUAACUAUAAGGGUAUUCCUCGUUACACUGCCCCAAAAACUGUGUAUGCCACUGCUAGAUCCAUGGGACCUUAUUCUGCAGUUAAUGCACAAUCCAAUUUGACUUGGCUUUUCAGUGUUGACUCUGGUUUUAACUACUUGAUUAGGUUACAUUUCUGUGAGUUCACUGAGAGUAUUACUUUGAUCAAUCAGAGAGUGUUCAACAUUUUCCUCAACAAUCAAACUGCACAGGAGGGAGCAGAUGUGAUUGCCUGGGCAGGGGGAAAUUGGAAUAUUGGAGUUCCUGUCUACAUGGAUUUUGUGGUGCUUGUUCCAGGUGGGAGCCCGCAGCAGGAUCUAUGGCUUGAAUUGCAUCCAGACAUUGCUGCCAAGCCCCAAUAUUAUGAUGCAAUCUUAAGUGGCGUGGAGAUAUUCAAGCUAAGUCAUACAAGUGGCAACCUUGCAGGGCUCAAUCCAAUCCCUGCUCCUAAAAAUGAAGUUAACCCCUCAUUGGUGUUGGCCCCUCAUUCUGGUCACUCAAACCUGAAAGCAAUCACCGCAGUUGGCAUUAGUGGUGGAGUUGCCCUAGCCCUUAUUGCUGGUUUCUAUCUUUUUGCUGCUUCCCGUGGCCACAAGCAUGGAAUGGUCCCAAGUGCAAGUGAUGACCCAGAAAACACUGCUUUAAUAAAGAGUGACAAUCAUGGGCAGAAAGACAUAGACUAACGAGCUUUCUUCUUUCUAAUUAUAGUCUUGAGAAUAAGGAAUGAUCAUAUGUUUUGAAUUUCAUAUUUUGCAUUUCAUAUCGUUUGUAAUUUGUAUUUCAAUCAUUUGUAUUUAUACUCAUCAGUGACUCAACUUAGCUACAACAGUUGUAUAAAUAAAUACCCCAUAUCAUCAAUGGAAAUACAGUGCAAAAUUCAUU